CCCGCCGCCCUUCUGACUCGCCCCCUAGGUAGUCUCACACGGCGGCCCUCGGCUCCCGGGCCCCGCCCCGGCCUCCCGCAUUUGCCCGAGGCCCAGUCCCCAGCACUGGUCACACCCCCGGGUAGCCCCGCCCCUAGAUCUCCUCCCCGAGCGGCCGGGCUAGGGUGGCGGCUGGCCCAGCGGGGCCCCCGCUGCCCUCUGCCCUGGGAGCUUGGUCGGAGCGGGCUGGGCACAGCGGGACAGGGCAAGCGCGGCGUCCCGGGGUCUCGGAGGCGAAGAUGGCGUCCGGCAGGCGCGCCCCGCGCACCGGGCUGCUGGAGCUGCGCGCCGGGGCGGGCUCGGGGACCGGCGGCGAGCGGUGGCAGCGGGUGCUGCUGAGUCUGGCGGAGGACGUGCUGACCGUGAGCCCCGCCGACGGCGACCCUGGUCCCGAGUCCGGCGCUUCGCGGGAGCCAGAGCCCGCGCAGCUCAACGGCGCCGCGGAGCCGGGCGCGGGGCCCCCGCAGCUGCCAGAGGCGCUACUGCUCCAGCGGCGCCGCGUGACGGUGCGCAAGGCCGACGCCGGUGGGCUGGGCAUCAGCAUCAAAGGCGGCCGGGAGAACAAGAUGCCUAUUCUCAUUUCCAAGAUCUUCAAGGGAUUGGCAGCUGACCAGACAGAGGCCCUUUAUGUGGGGGAUGCCAUCCUGUCCGUGAAUGGGGAAGACUUGUCCUCUGCUACGCACGAUGAGGCGGUGCAGGCCCUCAAGAAGACAGGCAAGGAGGUGGUGCUGGAGGUCAAGUAUAUGAAGGACGUCUCACCGUAUUUCAAGAACUCUGCUGGUGGGACCUCGGUCGGCUGGGACUCACCUCCUGCCUCACCCCUUCAGCGGCAGCCUUCCUCCCCUGGCCCCACACCCCAGAACCUCAGCGAGGCCAAACAUGUGUCCUUGAAGAUGGCAUAUGUCUCGAAGAGGUGCACCCCCACUGACCCGGAGCCCAGGUAUCUGGAGAUCUGCUCAGCAGAAGGCCAAGACACCCUAUUCCUGAGGGCCAAGGAUGAGGCUAGCGCGAGGUCGUGGGCGAGUGCCAUCCAAGCCCAGGUCAACGCUCUGAUGCUGCGGGUCAAGGAUGAGCUGCAGGCACUGCUGGCAGCCACCAGCACAGCUGCAAGCCAGGACAUCAAGCAGAUUGGCUGGCUGACUGAGCAGCUGCCCAGUGGGGGCACGGCCCCCACCCUGGCCCUGCUGACUGAAAAGGAACUGCUCCUCUACUCUUCUCUCCCUGAGACCCGCGAGGCCCUGAGCCGGCCAGUCCGUACUGCCCCACUCAUCGCCACCAGACUGGUGCACUCAGGCCCCUCCAAGGGCUCAGUGCCCUACGAUGCAGAGCUCUCUUUUGCCCUGCGCACGGGCACGCGUCACGGUGUGGACACUCACCUGUUCAGCGUGGAGUCACCGCAGGAGCUGGCUGCCUGGACCCGCCAGCUGGUGGAUGGCUGUCACCGGGCCGCCGAGGGUGUGCAGGAGGUGUCUACAGCCUGCACGUGGAACGGGCGUCCCUGCAGCCUGUCUGUGCACAUCGACAAGGGCUUCACACUGUGGGCGGCUGAGCCAGGUGCAGCCCGAGCUGUGCUCCUGCGACAGCCCUUCGAGAAGCUGCAGAUGUCUUCAGAUGAUGGUGCCAGUCUCCUUUUCCUGGACUUUGGAGGUGCUGAAGGCGAGAUCCAGCUGGACCUGCACUCGUGUCCCAAAACCAUAGUCUUCAUCAUCCACUCCUUCCUCUCGGCCAAAGUCACCCGCCUCGGGCUGUUGGCCUAGAAGUCGCCGGAUGCACUAGCCCUGAAGAGGGGUGUCCAUGACAUGGCCUGAGCUGGGCCUCCACCGACUGCCUGCUCACUCCUGGGCCGAGGGAAGGGAGAGGAGAGGAACAAGGGCCUCUGAGACCCCACCCCUGAGGGAGACUGGAUUGGUCUUGGGGCCCAGGGCCCAGGACCCAGACCCAGGACAGAGUGGACCCUGCCUGUGAUGGGGUGGCCUUCCUGCUGCCCCCCUCCACUAGUGCCUUUUGCGGAGAGAUAUUUUGUGUACACAGAAGCCAUUCCGAGUCUGGGACCUGCCCCUGUGCGGAUCCUGACCCCAGCCAACAGCUGAGCUGCCAGGCCUCCUUGAGGCCCCUAAGCCACCCCCAGAGGUCCCAUCUGAAGCUGGAGUCCCCUGGGGUCAGCGGCAAGAGAAACAAGAGGAGACUUUGUUUGUUUUUCCCCUCAGCCCUGCCACCUUGGGGAGUCUGGUUUUUCUUUUCAUCCUCUCUCUCCUCCUUACUCUUGGAUAAAUAAACAGCCUGUGAGCACACAGGCAGCCCAGCCCAG